UGUCGUCAUUGUCAUUCUGUUGUCUGUGCUCGUGGCAUGAAAGCUGUCCUCCUUUCCGAUGUCAAGAUUGAACUUUAUAGUACCGACACUCCUUCUUCCUCAAUUCAUUUGAUGGAUAAAGAUUAUUUAACUCGAACAUGUCAAUGUAGGAUUCGUGAUGUAGCUUGUUUGGAAUGUGGUAAUAUAGUUGGAUAUCAUGUGGUCUCCCCGUGCAAACAAUGUUUGACUGCUUGUAAUAAUGGU